ACAGGAGCUAAUGAGCCCCAGCUCAUUGCCACACAGCAUAACUCAGGUCCCAAACUUGGAUGGACCUGGAUCAGAGGUUCUGCUGUUACUGAUACAACCACAUCCAGAAGCUAAAGAACCCCUCACCUACAGCGAGUUCUACCCUUGAAAGCUGCAAUAACAAAUAACACAUGGCUUCACUAGAGGGAGCCUGAGUGUUUUGCACAAAGUCCAUCACACAAACCACCUCCUAUCCCACAAUAAGCAGCCUGGAUUUCACCUGGAGGAAUAACGUGCUUGGUACAGCUACAAUUAACAGCUCACCAACCUGCAGCCUGGAUGGGGUCUGCACUGCUGCAUCCUUAUGAUGUCCUAAGGAGGAUUUGGGGAUCUCCAUGACGAGGUAACCUUCAAUUAAAAGCAAUAAACGACAUCAAGCAUCCACAGCUGCUGUGGGAUAACUCAGUAACUCACAGCAGAGUUAUUGAGGAGGAAGGAGGGCAGAGCAAUACAGUCAUUAAGUCACUGCCUGAUACAGGACAGCAGGGUGAGGCAGUGGUUUGCAAACAAGCACACUCAGGGUCCUGCUGCCUAUUUGACUGCUGCCCACUGAACAUCGAGUUACACAUUUAAUGCAGUUUGCUAAACAAAUUCCUGCGUUAUUUCCAUCUCUCUGGGUUCUAUUUAAACUGAUUUCCCAGUGUUCAGACUUUCACCCCCCAAAUAGGGAGAUUAUGAUCCCCAAGCUGCUGCUGCUGUACAUGAGCUUUGGUUGUGCAGCAGCCCUCAAGCCCAGCUGCCUCUCAGCUCAGUUUAGGAGGCCUGGUGACUACAUCAUUGGAGGCCUGUUCCCUUUUGGGAUGGACACCAUCAACCUGACAGCACGAUCAGAGCCCACCUUAAUUGUGUGUGAAAGGCUAUUUGUAGAUGGGCUGAUAUGGGCCCUUGGGAUGAAGUUUGCCAUUGAUGAGAUCAACAACUCCACAUCACUUCUCCCAGGAGUGCAGCUCGGCUAUGACAUCUAUGACACCUGCUUCGAGCCACUGGCAGCCCUACAGCCCAGCUUGCUGUUUGUGACCCAAAAUGGCACCACGGGCAUUGACAUAGAGUGCAACUACACCGACUACCAGCCUCGUGUCACUGCUGUUAUUGGACCACAUAAGUCAGAUCUCUGCCUGCUGACAGCCAAACUCUUCAGCUUCUUCCUGAUUCCGCAGGUCAGCUAUGGGGCCAGCAGUGAGAAGCUCAGCAACAAGGAGCUGUACCCGUCCUUUUACCGAACUGUUCCCAGUGACAAGAACUUGGUGGAAGCUGUGGUCCUUCUGCUGAAUGAGUAUGGAUGGAACUGGAUCGCCACCAUUGGAAGCGAUGAUGAAUACGGCCAAGGAGCCCAGGAGCUCUUCUUAAGCACAAUUGGAAAUGGCAGCAUCUGCAUUGCUUAUGAGGGCCUCAUUCCUUCAGACCUUACAGACCCUAAGGCUGAGAAACAACUGGAAGAGACUAUUCAGUACAUUAACAGGACCAAUGUCAACAUUAUUGUCCUCUUCGCCUUUCAACAGCCAGCCCAGGCCCUGCUGGAACAGAGCAUCAAAAUGGGACUAAGCAAGAAGGUCUGGAUUGGCACUGAAGCCUGGUUGUUGUCCGACAUAGCCGCCUCCAUCCCAAACAUUCAGAGCAUUGGGACGGUCUUAGGCUUCAUUAUGAAAGCAAACCCUGUCCCUGGCUUCCAGAAAUACAUUGCCAACCUUCUCAGCUCUGUUCAGCAGGAUGAAUUUUGCCAGAAGUCCAGAGAAUUCUACAGCCACAUGAGCUCUGACAUGUUGGGCACACAAUGCAAACAGUGUGACCACAUCUCCCUGCAUGACAUCUCCUCCAUCCUAAGCCACACUCAGAUACAACCGGUGUACAUCGCAGCCUACAGCGUAGCUCAUGCACUGCACAGAGCACUGGGGUGCACCCACCAAGGGUGUCCCAAAGCAUCCAUCAGAUCUUGGCAGCUGUUGCACUUCAUGGAUACCGUCCCAUUCACAGUGAAUGGUCAAAGUUUCAGGUUUGAUGACUCUCACGGCACAAACACCGGCUACAAGCUCAUAUUCUGGCAGUGGGAAAACGGCAGCCUCACACAUCUGCCUGUGGGAGACUACCAAGAGUCCUUGUACCUCAAUAAGUCCCUGAUUCAAUUUCACACUACAGAUCAAAAGGAGCCCACAUCAGAAUGCUUCAGAGAAUGUGAACCAGGACAAAUCAGACAGAUCAAAGGAUUCCACCUCUGCUGCUAUGACUGCACAGACUGCCCAGAAAACACCUUCUGCAGUUCCAAAGACAGCUCCACCUGCACUCCCUGCCUGGAGCACCAGUGGUCCCCUGCCCGAAGCACGCAGUGUUACGACCGCAGCGAGAGAUACCUGCGUUGGAACGAGCCGCUCACUGCUGGCUUGCUGAUAUCCAUGUCCAUCAUCAUAUCCCUGGUCUGUCUGACAGCAGUGCUCUUUGUUAAGAACCUCAACACCCCCCUCGUGCAGGCAUCUGGAGGCAACCUGAACCUCUUUGCCUUGUUUGCACUCACGCUGAUGUGCCUCAGCUCCUGUCUCUUCAUAGGGAAGCCCACUAACAACCUCUGCAUGAUGCAGCAGGUUGUCUAUGCCCUGUGUCUCAACGCUUGCUUCUCCACCUUCCUCACCAAGUCCCUGGAGAUCGCCCUGCUGACCGAGUUCCCCCGCUGUGCCCACACUGCCCUGCCCUGGGUGACACCAAACAGGGCCUGGCUCAUUGUAGCCCUGUGCCUCCUCACCGAGUGCCUCUGCUGUUUCUGUUACCUGCACCUGGGUCCUGACUAUGUGCUGCCCGACUACAGCUCACUGCCCACAGAGGUUCUGCUCAUAUGUAGCACUGCAUCCUGGCUUGCCUUUGCCUUGAUGCAUGGCUAUAACGCAUGCUUGGCCUUCAUCUGCUUCCUGUGCACAUUCAUGGUACAUACCUCUGGGAAGAAGUACAACAUGGCCAGGGGGAUCACAUUCACCAUCCUCAUCUACUUCAUCAUUUGGAUCUUCUUCGUUGCCAUCUUCGCCACUCUGAGGACAGUCCUCAGGUCUGUGGUUCAGAUCAGCACCAUUCUGAUGGUCAGUCUGGGUAUUGUGGGGACCUACUACCUCCCCAAAUGCUACAUCCUCUUGCUGAAGCCUGAUUUGAACAGAGAGGACUAUUUCCAAUACACCACCAAAGAGGAGCCAGAGGGAGAUCCUCAAUAAACAGGCAACAAGCCAGAUCCAUUGUAGCCUCAUUAGAAGCUGGCUGUAUUUUGUAUCAUAUAGAAUCAUAUCAUAGAAUGGCCUGGGUUGAGAAGAACCACAAAGAUCAUCCAGUUUCAGCUCCCUUGCCAUGUGCAGGGUCACCAACCAACAGACCAGGCUGCCCAGAGCCACAUUUUAACAAGAUUACUCUGUUUAGAAUGACUCUAUAAGGCACAGUGCAGACUCGAUCACCAAUUUAAUGUGCCUGGUGUGGAACAAAAAGCUAAACCUUGAUCCUUGAAUCAUUAUUUGGACACAAAACUAUGGAAACCAUUUGAGGCAUAAGAGCAGCUGUAUGUGGGACAUGAGAAGCAUGCGAUCCAUUCAAAUAUCAGUUCACUCAUUUGUAUUUCAUUAACACGAGGGCAAAGAACCUGGAAAUGAGGUCAGGGCACACGGAAACAAAGUGCAAAUCACACUAUCGCAAUCAUUGCAAGAAGUCCCUCCUAUCUCAAAUCACAUGCAAAGAUCAAUGGGGAGGGACACCUCUUACCCAGAUAGAUGGACAUUCUGCAAAGGGGACAGAAUGAAUUAAGAGCUGUAAGUACCAGGAAACAUCCUUCACCUCUGCAGCACAUCUGUUGUUCACUGCGCAGGAGGAGAAUUCUCAGCUCCAAGAAGGGCAGUGCUUUGCUCCAUUCAAUAUCAGUUACAAAAUGGGUAACAGAGAUAGUUUCAGAAGGCAUGACAGAUUCUCAUAAAGGAAAAGCACAGACUAACCCUGACAAAAGCUGCUUGCUAACUAUCCCCAGUCAAUAUCUAGCUAACAUUAUGAAUAUUAUACACCAUUUACUGAAUAAAUGAUCAUCUUUGAAAGUGCUAAGUGUGGUGUUCAAUGGAAGAAGUAAUUAGUGUAACACUCUUUAAGCUCCACAAGCUCUUUUCCACAAGGCAGCAUUGCAUAUUCUUGCAUACCAACUCUUCCAAACCUGUUUUUCUGUGUGUCAAAGCCACUUCUAAUUGCCAGCCUACCUGCUUACAACACCCAAAAGACAGCAAAACUCUCAUCUGAAACCUAGAAGCCCUCAUAGCUGGAAAUGGCAGCAAGUCUUAGUGAGCACCCUGUGGUACCUGAGGGUCUAAGAAGCAUUCCUUCCUUCAUAGCAGCACAGAGCAGAACACCUGAUCAUGUUGUUCAGCCCCUUCCAGCCACCUGCAGUCAAUUCGGAAUAGCUCAUAGCUGGAAUAACAGGCUGCACAGUCCACAUUUUUGGCCAUUUUCACCUGUCUAGAACUGGCUAGACAAUGUUCUGCCCUGCUUAAGCUAACAUGGUUCAAAAAGCCACAUAUAGGCAACUCUGCAGGGCUGUCUCCCAGGCUCUUACAUACCUCUGCUGUAGAACUGUGCCAUUUGCAAUGGGUGCUCCCAUAAUAACUGCUGCUCUGCCUUUUUCCCUUUCUGCUGGAUCUCUACCAGCUGGAAAAUCUGCCUCCUGAAGCUGUGGUGCUUUACAAGCACUGUUAAAACAGGGCUCCUGGCUGCCUCCCAUCAGCUCCUGAACGUUUCUUCUUUUGCAGAGAGGGAGAAAUAAAAGUAACUGGAAAACAAAAUAAAAAGAGGCUGAGAUUCUUUUUCAUUCUUCUUGAAUUACAGACAGCGCAGUAGUGCGAAGAACUGAAGACAUACACUGCGGUUAUCACAUAAAAUUAAAAGCUUUUUAGUGUUUAAAAUAGCAUUUACACAUAAGCAGCUAUAUAUUAACUAUACAGACACUUGGGUUUUCAUACAAUAUCUACAAAAAAAGAAUUCCAUUAUGCAAUAGACAUUUAACAGGAACAGUGCAGUCCAUGCCAUUAAGAGGUCACUCUUUGAGUAGAACCGAAUCUAAAAGAGGUGAUAACUCUGGGUUUUCAAUUAUUUAAAAUCAUGUAACUUUGUUCCUCUACUGUACAUAAAAUUCUUUACAAGGUAUUUCUAAUCACUGAUUAGAAUUAAUAAUUUUAAAAUCAAUCUUAUUACAAUCCAGUUAAAUGCAAAACAAAACAAAAGAAGAAACAAUUACAUCGACUCAUGAGCUGUCAAGUCUCAAGAUGGGAUUUGCCCACUCGGAACAAAAAUGAUAUCAAAAAGUCAAUGUCUGUGCAUCAUUGCUCGCCAUCCAAUACACCUUUGGGUAAAGUGUCCAGGGGACUGUAACCUUUGAAAAGUCAAUUUAGUUAAUGGGAGG